UCGGCCCCCUUGUCACGAUAUUAAAUUUCUCUCAUAAAGAAAAUAGAACAGCACCAUGGAUGAUGGAUAUUGUGCUCCCCCAUGUAGCGCGGAAGAGAUUGCUAAAGAUGAGGAAAUAGAGAGCCGCAAUAUCGAACUGGAUUUCGGAACCUUGGAAAUAUUUAAGGAGAGGACCAAAUAUAUAACGUUUUACCGACCACGAACUGAUGAAGAUAUAAUCUACAAGAUUGUGCGAAAUGAAAAGGUAAAACCGAAAAAACCGAACUUUUUAAUAGCACAUUAUCAGGGAAUUUUAAAACCUGGUCAAGACUUUAAAUUAGCCGUAACUUAUAUGCCCACCAUGGCCGGUACGAAAGACGUGGAAGUAUACGAUUACAGCGAUAGUGAUUACGAGCUAAUUAGAAUUACUUUAAGUGGAACAGCGAUCGGUCCGUAUUGUACAUUAUCAACGAAUCGAUUGGAAUUUUUUAAAACACCCGAACAAACCGCACUAGAACGCAGGGUGGAAUUAAAAAAUAAGUCGUCUGCCAUGGCACGCUUUAAAGUUGACUACGGUGCAGGGGAUAUUUUUGAAGUUACUCCGUCCGAAGGAAGCAUCAAAGCAAACGGUUAUGAGUAUAUCAGAAUUAAUUUUCGACCAAAAAACGUUGGAGUUUUCGCUAGGGAAAUUACUUUUCUAGUUUGGAAUUGUGAACCUCUUAUACUUCACGUCGUAGGAAUUUUUAGUAAACAGAAGGGUCUCAUAGGUUCUGACUAUCAAUAUUUAAAAGAUCAUUAUUUAUUUGGUUUUCAGUCCUACUUUUCCGAUAGUGUUCUCGUGGACAAACAGUUACCAUCGAUCCUAAUAUCCAACCUUUAUAUGGAUUUUGGAUCUGCAAUGGCUAAUAAAAACGAAUGUAAAAUUAUGGCUACCAGUUUCACCAAUAAUAUAAAUUCUGUUAUACGUGUCAAUUGGAAUAAAGAUAAAAAAUCGGGAGUGUUCAAAAUAAUUCCAGAAAAUACGACAGUUGCGAAACAAGGAACUGUGACGUUCAACGUUGAAUUUAAGCCUCAAGAAAAUUAUCAAAUUUAUCACGAAACAUUGAUGGGUCAAGUCGAAUGGGGAUUUGAAGAAUCUACUAAACAAAAUAAUACCAUCGCGAUGGUAAACCGUAUACCGAUUCCACUAAGUUGUUGCCUUCGAGUACAAGGGCAUUCCUUCCCGGAAAAGGAGGGUUGGAUUGCUCAAGUGGAAUUGAAACCGGAAGUGGUUUAUUGGCAACCGUGCGCUCCCGGCGAAACCGUCAGCAACACAUUUUUGAUGCGAAAUCGAAGCCAUCUGCCUGUCAUGUACAAAUUAAUUCAACCGAGGGAUUCGAACAUAACAGCGAAACCGAUGAUGGGCAAAUUCAGGAGCUUCGAGAUAAUCGCAGUCCAACUACGUACGGAAGCUUUCAAGGUGAAAACGUACAUUGAAGAGUGGAAGAUAAUUUUAAAUGGACAGGAAGAAAAGCAACGCACUAUUUAUUUUCACGGAGAAACUUGCGUUCCGGUCAUCGAAGUUGGAAGAAAGAACCGAAUUAAUGCGGGAUCGGUGCAAGACGGGACGCAGAAAGAGAUCGAGGUUAUGCUGAAAAAUUUAUCGUUUUAUGCCAUCUGCUAUAAAUUCGUGUUGAUUCCCAACUCGGUGUUGAUCAUUGACCCGAUGUCUGGUAAUUUACCACCUAACGAUGCUCAAAAAUUAAUUUUAAAAGUAACGGGUAGUCAAUGUGCACCCAAGAUGGAAACUUUUCAUUGUCACGCACGCAUAAUUAAUGCACACGGGGCCGUUUCUGGUGACACUCACGAAAUUCCCGUACAAAUAUAUGUAGAUUGCUCAUAUUCCGAAUUAUGCGCAUGCCCAAGUUAUCAUGAUUUUGGAUAUCUCCCAUUUGGACAUAAAGUGCACGUCGAUUUCGAAGCGGUGAACUUCGGGAAUUCACCCAUAUUUUAUCAAAGUUGUCAGAUGGGGGAUGAGCAACCGGAUAAUAGUUUUCGAAUCAAGCCUUGUUUCGGACAAGUUCUUCCGAAAGAAGGAACCAGAUUUUCGAUAAAAGGAAUUCUUUCUCAUGUUGGAGAGCAUACGUUGCAAUUUGGUUAUUUUAAUAGGAUGAUUAAGGACUCGCCCUUAACCACUGGCAGUCCGGUCAAGUUGAUUGAAAUUAAAUAUUACACCCAAUUUCCCAUUAUUAAGAUAGAUGAAAUAAGCGGACACAAUUUUGGCCCACUGUUUAGUAACUGCUAUUUAUAUGAACUAUAUUUACAAAUCCCCGAAUUUAAUAAGAUUCUUCGCGAAAUAGUCAAGGAAGAAACCAAAAUGAUUGAACUGAGGCUUCCGGAAUUUGAAAUUCAAGAUAAAGAAUUUUAUUUGAAAUUAGCUUUAACCAAUACCUCCGAAUAUGACACUCGCAUAAAUGUACAAAGAAGAAAAAUAUGUGAUUGUCAACUGGAAGAGGUGUCUAUUGGAAUGUCGGAAAGAAAAAAAGGAUUCAACUGUCCCCAUCGAGAUUGCUUAAUAAUGGAACUAUCUGACCCGGAACGAUUUUUAGCACAAACCACAAAAUUUCUGACAAUACGAGUAAAAUACUGCAUAAAAGGAACCACCCGGAUGUGUUAUGAGCUUCACCUGUCCAACAAACGUGUGGUGGAAAUGAAUUUUGAAAUUUAUGCUAUCCCACCAAACACCACGAGACUUUCGGUCUAUCAACAAGGGUUCGAAAUGACAUUAGAAGAUGUUUAUUUAGGUACAAAAGUGGCUCCGAUACAGACAUUUUGGAUGUACAACAAUACAAACGAUUUGUUGAAUUUCAAGUUUGAUACUGAAGAUAUCGAACACAUGUGUCGGAUUGAUGGGUUCAAAGUUUUGGAAAUACUAAACCCAGUUGAUCAGAUUCUCCCGUACCACAAUAAAGCUCUAUUGCUUAAAUUUCACCCAAUCGAAAUAAAAACCUACUACAUAGAAAUUGAAACUGAAUAUUACAUUCCUGAUGCAGAAAAAAUACUAUCUAAAUUCAUAAUAAAGGGUAACGGCAUCAUGGAUUUGGAUAACAAAAAGUUUACUAAUCCAGAGAACAUCCCGAAAUUUAUAACGUUCAGUGCAGAUUUAUUAGUGACAUUGUCGCUGGAAUAUGUCACUGUUAAAGCGUUACCAAUUUGGAAUAGGAGAAAAGAGUUGAUUUUCAUUAAGAACAGUUCCAAAGAAAAAAUUGUCCAAUAUGUUUGGCGCAGCGUGAGGUUGGAUAAUAUGAUCGAAAUAACUACGGAAUCGACAUACGGUAUUUUACAACCCAGAGAAAUUCAUCCGGUGGUGAUCACGAUCAAGUCGUUUUCGGUGCCAUGCAUCACGACUUUGCUGUUACCCUGUGAAAUUUCCUUUUAUUCGGACGAGAGAAUUUAUAAGAGUUUGGUGGAGAGGCAUGCCGAGGCAAAAAGUAGGAUUGAUGAAUUUAUGCAAGGAGAGCCCUCUUGGGCCAAAAGACCGUCUAAUCCCAUCCAAGUACCUCCAAAGCCUCAAAUAAUGACCGCAGUAGUCUCGAUAAAGAUUAGGACAGUACAUACAAAAGAUCUGGAUGACAAUAUGGAUCCAAAUAUCCAACUGAAACAGUAUCCCAAUCAGUCUGUGGAAAAUAUCCCAAGAAGCUUGUUAAAAAAAUAUUAUCCAGAAGAAAAAUCGUUGAAUUUUCCUGAAGUGAAUCCGCGUGUUGACGUUAAUCAAAGACUGGUCUUUUCUAGGGUAUUGGAGGAAGCCAUUUCAGAUGUAAUAUAUAGCAAGACAUUAAAAGCUCUUCUAGAACUAUCAGCAAAAUCACCGCUCUAUAAUUACCACCAAUUCGUUAUGGACGAUAAUGAAAUUCAAAAAGGAAAAAUGAUCAAAACUACAUUGAGUAAUCAGGAUAUUGAAUACCAUCGCAAAAAAGAAAUCGAAACAUUCUUUAAUCAAUUAAAAAUUACGGAGCUAUCAAGCAUUUUACAACAUCUAAUACGAGACGGGUUGCUCAGGGUGGCCCAAUGUCACAAAUUGGAUCUCGUCAAUUUGGAGCAAAUCAACGAACAGAUAGAUAAAACCCUUUACGUUUGUCGAAAUAAACAUUGUAUGUGUAAAAAGGCAGAAGGUUCACUUUAAUUUAGUGCUGUUACAUUAUAAAUAAAAGUUGUUUUAAAGGAUCAAAUAUUUA